UUGCUUUUAUGUUCUUGAAGUUCUGCCAUUUUGCGGUCCUCCAUUUUCCACUCCCAGGGACACAUCUUCACCCAAGCAACGGCAGCAUCGUGGUGAAAGGUGAGGUGGUUCUGGAGUCAAACUACACCCCAGAGUACCAGACACUGUUCAGCAACCUCACCAGGAUCGUGAGAGCCAAGAUCAUAAAUGCGACUAGAGAAGAUGAAACUGAUAGGUCCCUGUGUCAAAAAUCCAAACUCUGCUACAAUUCUAACUUCACCACUGUGCACACGGAGACUCUAAAGUUCAGCUUCAACCCUGUCGAGCAUUGCAUGCGGGAGGCUGCCGAAGACUUUGGCCGGUACUUCUACCCAGAGGUUCUUGAGGGAAGACUGACCUGCGUGAAUAAGUGCACUCAGGGGACAAAGUCACAACUCAACUGUAACUUGGGCCAGUGCCAGCUGCUCCGCUCAGGGCCCCGCUGUGUGUGCCCGAACACAGACACCCACUGGUACUGGGGAGACACUUGCGAGUCUAGAACCAGCAAGAGACUCGUGUAUGGACUUGUGGGCACCGUGCUGGCAGUGUUGCUGGUCCUUGUGGUCAUCUUGGCUGGGUUCCUUGGCUGGUCCCAGAAAAAGCUGCACAGGUCAAAAUACGACCUGUCUCAAGCAUGGCAGAGAGAAGCUUUCCCUGGAAUCUUCCGGAGCUCCGGCAUCUGGGAUGGCCAGAAUCUGAAAGAGGACCAAUUAGGCCUGGAGGAAAGGCACAGCCACUUCCAGCCGAACCUGCAGUAUGUGGACCCCGACACUGAGCUCAACUUUCAGAGGCCCGAGGUGGUGAAAUUAGCUGCUCCGUGAGAACGGGAUCAUCUAGGCCACCCCAUCAUGCCCCAUCCGAAUUCAGACAAAAGAGGGCCAGAGUCCCCACCACAGAUAUUCCUGGUUGGUUAAGACGAAACCGACACCAGAUCCCGAAGCUCCACGUGUCUAAUCUGAGGUGGCCGGAGUUGGUCCGUGGGUCACCGCCAGAAGACUAACCAAAGGAGCAAAGAGUUGAGGCCUGAGAGCUGGGUACCAACCCCUCCUCGCCUCCACGUUUCAGGAACCCAAGGCUUCUAAAUACUUUGGCAUCUUUGUCUGUGUGUGGGCUCCGCCCUGCUCUCUGGAAUUUCCCUAUCAAUAAAGCA